GGACGGGAUUGCGACGACCACAGGAGGACACGGGAGACAGAGAAGAGACAGAGGACACGCGUACAGAAGGGGAGAUGGGACGAUGAAGGUGGAGGAAAGCUAAACUUUACCAACAUGGACAGCAGAGGGAGGAGAGGAACUGAUGGAUCUUUCAAACGCUCAUCCAUAAAACGCAGCGCAUCCUCUGCAUCACAGAAGAUCCAGAGAGCUUGGAUCGACAGAACCUUCCAGAAGAGGGAAUGUAUCCAGAUCAUUCCCAGCAAAGACCCCAGCAGGUGCAGCUGUGGUCAGCUGGUGGCACAGCACACUGCCAUCCCUCUGGGGACCAAAGAGGACGGGGCCCCACUGGUCCAGCUGGAAGUCCAAUCUACGGAGAGAUGGAGUGCCCUCAAACACACCCAGGUCUCCCCCACUGAUGCCUAUGGGGUGCUGGAGUUUCAGGGAGGAGGACAUGUCAACAAGGCCAUGUACAUCAGGGUCUCCUUUGACUCCAAACCAGAUUCCCUGCUCCACCUGAUGGUGAAGGACUGGCAGCUGGAGCUUCCCACGCUACUCAUCUCUGUUCAUGGAGGCCUCCAGAACUUUGACCUGCCUCCCAAGCUGAAGCAGGUCUUUGGUAAAGGGCUGAUCAAAGCUGCUGUCACCACUGGAGCCUGGAUCUUCACUGGAGGAGUCAGUACAGGAGUUAUCCGCCAUGUUGGCGAUGCUCUGAAAGACCAUUCUUCAAAGUCCAGAGGGAAAGUUUGUGCUAUUGGGAUUGCACCAUGGGGGAUUGUGGAGAACAAAGAAGACCUGAUUGGGAGAGAUGUGACCCGGCCUUAUCAGACAAUGUCCAACCCACUCAGCAAGCUGUCAGUCCUGAACAGCAGUCACUCCCACUUCAUCCUUGCUGAUAACGGGACGUGUGGAAAGUACGGCGCUGAGGUUCGCCUCCGCCGGCAGCUGGAGAAGCAUAUCUCUCUGCAGAAAAUCAACACACGUCUUGGUCAGGGGGUCCCAGUGGUUUGUCUCAUCGUAGAAGGUGGUCCAAAUGUUAUCUCAAUCACACUGGAGAGCUUGAAGGAGGAACCCCCUGUCCCAGUGGUGGUCUGUGAUGGCAGUGGUCGAGCUUCAGACAUCCUUUCGUUUGCUCACAGAUACUGUGAGGAAGAUGGGUUGGUUAGUGAGAGUGUCAAAGACCAGCUGCUGGUCACCAUCCAGAAGACUUUCAACUACAGCCGCAGCCAGGCUCAGCAGAUCUUCCUCAUGGUGAUGGAGUGCAUGAAGAAGAGAGCUCUGAUUACAGUUUUCAGGAUGGGCUCAGAGGGACAGCAGGACAUUGAGAUGUCCAUCCUCACAGCUCUGCUCAAAGGUACAAAUGCAUCUGCGUCUGAUCAGCUGAGCUUGGCUCUGGCCUGGAACAGAGUGGACAUUGCUCGCAGUCAGAUCUUUGUGUAUGGACUCCACUGGCCUCCUGUGCGAAAUUCACCUUCUGACCGUCCAAAGAGCCCGGUAGCCCAGCGACCAUCAGCAGGAGGGGCUAAAGGGAAACCCCGGGGGAAGAAGGGAAAAGGAGGAAAAAGCAAACCUGAACCUCCCGAAGAGACGGACCCUCGGAAACUGGAGCUGCUCAACUGGGUGAACUCAUUGGAACAGGCCAUGAUGGACGCUCUGGUGUUGGACAGGGUCGACUUUGUUAAACUUCUGAUUGAGAACGGCGUCAACAUCCACCACUUCCUCACCAUCCCCCGUCUGGAGGAGCUGUACAACACGAAACUGGGACCAGCCAACACUCUUCACUUUUUGGUCCGAGAUGUCAAAAAGGGGAAUCUUCCUCCAGAUUACCAGAUCACACUGAUCGAUAUUGGACUGGUACUGGAGUUCCUGAUGGGUGGAGCGUACCGCUGCAAGUACACAAGGAAGAGUUUCAGGACGCUGUAUAACAACCUGUAUGGCCUCAAAAGACCCAAAGCGCUGAAGCUUCUUGGCAUGGAGGAUGAUGAACCCCGUCCAAAGGGGAAAGGAAAGAAGAACAAGAAAAAGGAGGAGGAAGUAGACAUUGAUGUAGAUGACCCUGAAGUCAGCAGGUUCCAAUACCCCUUCCAUGAACUGAUGGUGUGGGCGGUGUUGAUGAAGCGCCAAAAGAUGGCAUUGUUCCUGUGGCAGCGAGGGGAGGAGGCCAUGGCAAAGGCUCUAGUAGCCUGCAAGCUCUACAAGGCCAUGGCUCACGAGUCUUCCCAAAGCGAGCUGGUGGAUGACAUCUACCAGGACCUGGAGAACAACUCCAAGGACUUUGGUCAGCUGGCCUAUGAGCUGUUGGAUCAAUCCUACAAACACGAUGAGCAGGUGGCCAUGAAGCUCCUGACCUACGAGCUAAAAAACUGGAGCAACUCCACCUGCCUGAAACUGGCUGUAGCUGCCAAACACAGAGACUUCAUUGCCCACACCUGCAGCCAGAUGCUGCUGACCGACAUGUGGAUGGGCUGUCUGAGGAUGGGCAAAAGCAACAGCCUCAAGGUCAUUUUAGGGAUUAUUUUCCCUCCUGCCAUCCUGCUCCUGGAUUUUCGUCUUGGGGAUGAAGCUCCUCAUCAUUCGUCCAAAGGAAGCAAUGAUGGAAAAACUAAAGAUGACAAGAAGUCAAACAAGGAUGCAGCAUCUAAUGUUGACGCUACUUCAAAGAAAGGAGAUGAAGAAGAAAAUGAGAGUGACAAGAAGCACGGGAAGAGGGUUCCUAUCGGGAGGAAAAUCUAUGAGUUCUACAAUGCCCCAUUCACCAAGUUCUGGUUCAACACGAUCUCAUACCUGGUGUAUCUGAUGUUGUAUAACUACAUAAUCCUGGUGAAGAUGGAGCGGUGGCCGUCUUUGCAAGAGUGGAUCGUCGUCUCUUACAUCGUCACUCUGGGCCUGGAGAAAUUCAGACAGAUCCUGAUGUCCGAGCCUGGGAAGCUGAAGCAGAAGAUCAACGUGUGGUUGGAGGACUACUGGAACAUCACAGACCUGGUGGCUAUCUCGGUCUUCAUCUUUGGGUUCCUGCUGCGGCUGGAGCCUGAGCCCUACAUGGGAUAUGGCCGUGUCAUCUAUUGCGUCGACAUCAUCUUCUGGUACAUCCGAGUUCUUGACAUCUUCGGAGUAAACAAAUACCUGGGGCCCUAUGUCAUGAUGAUCGGCAAAAUGAUGAUUGACAUGUUGUACUUCGUGGUUAUCAUGCUGGUGGUGCUGAUGAGUUUUGGUGUAGCUCGGCAGGCCAUCCUCCACCCAGAUGAGGAGCCGACGUGGCGUUUGGCCCGCAACAUCUUCUACAUGCCCUACUGGAUGAUCUACGGAGAGGUGUUUGCCGACUCCAUAGACCUUUACGCGAUGGAAAUCAACCCUCCUUGUGGAGAAAACUUAUAUGAUGAAGAUGGGAAGAAGCUUCCUCCUUGCAUCCCUGGAGCCUGGCUCACCCCCGCCAUCAUGGCUUGUUACCUGCUGGUAGCCAACAUCCUUCUGGUCAACCUGCUCAUUGCCGUCUUCAACAACACCUUUUUUGAGGUGAAGUCCAUCUCUAACCAGGUGUGGAAGUUCCAGCGAUAUCAGCUGAUCAUGACCUUCCAUGACCGCCCCAUCUUGCCCCCGCCGCUAAUCGUCUUCCCCCACAUCUACAUCGUACUGAAGAGGCUGUGCUGCCACUGCAGACGGAGAGCAGAGGGUGGAGAGUACGACGACCGUGAAAGACGACUGCAGCUGGUGUUGAAUGCAGAUGAGCUGAAGAGUCUGCAUGAGUUUGAGGAACAGUGUGUGGAGGAAUACUUCAGAGAGAAGGACGAUGAGAAGCAGUCGUCUAACAACGAGCGAAUAAGAGUCACAUCUGAAAGGGUGGAGAACAUGUUCAUGCGUCUGGAGGAGGUAAAUGAAAGGGAACACUCGAUGAAGGCAUCCCUGCAGACGGUCGACCUCCGCCUGGCUCAGCUGGAGGAGUUCUCUAACCGAAUGAUGAAUGCUCUGGAGAAGCUGGCGGGCGUCGACCGAGCUGAGCUCGUCCGCACGCACUCUAGAGGAUCGUCCGUGUGUGAGCCGGGCACUCUGCUGCGCCAAGGCAGCAUCAACAGCGCUGACGGGUACAGUCUGUACAGAUACCAGCUGGAGCACGACGACAGGACGUCGGUUUUCGGAGACAUGGAGGGAAAUGACAAGAGGGUCCAGCAGAGUCCAGAGAGGCAAGCUGGGAACAGCGAGGGAAGAACCAAAACAGGUGAAUUGAAAGAGUUCUGCUCAGCUCUGGAGGUACAAGGACUUAAGGACACUCAGUCUCUUUCAAACGUGGACAUCCUGAUCUCUCCCUGUGACCCAGACAUCAAAUCCCCCAAGACCUGCUCCAUUUCACCUCAACGUGACUCGGCUGACACUAACAAAGAUAAACCCAUAGAGAAGGGCCGACUGGAGGCGGCUGUGUCCUUCCCUCUGGAGAGGUCAAAGGUCACACAGUAUUUAUCCUCUCCAACCCUCAGCAGCUCUCCAUCCUCCAACAAGAAGUAUGUCAGCAACAUCAUCUAUAGCCCCGGCCAGCAGGACCAGAAUUGGGCCACUGAGUUGACCAGCAAGGAAUCCAAAGAGGAACUAGAUGAGACCAAGCUGCAAAGCCAUGAACAGGAGGGUCAGAAUAAUAAUGCAGAGGAGGAGGAGGAGCUGCUGGUAGGGGAGGACCAGAUGUAUCCAACCCUGCGCUCCAAGAGUCUCAAUGCCAACCCAAGAAAGAUGAGGAAGAAGAAGGAGGAUGAAGAAACACCACGUACAGCCAGCAGUGUCAAAGAUCUGGUUUCAGCGUUCAGUGGGGGGCCAUGAGGACACGGGGAAGGACCAGGUCCAAAAACUCUUCAGACAACCGUUUAUCCUGAAGGACUGAACCCUGCUCUGAACUCACAGGAGAUGAAUAAAGCAAACAUAAUGCUUCAGUAUUCCUGAAUCAAUAAUAAUUCUGGAAUAACUGCUAAACCUGAAGCUGGAGCCCACCCCCGCCCCCUCCUGCCCAACACAAAGCUCCUGCAUUUUGUUCGUUACAUUCCAGAAGAAAAAGUAAAUGUAACCAGUUACAACAAACAUAGUAUCUUUAAUCUAACUGAUCGUUUUCUCUGUCACGAUCUUGACAAACAGCAGCACAAGAAAAGAAAACUGAAGAGAUCGCAUGCUCAUUGGCUACGGGCUUGUGACUGACAUGUCGUUAGUCAAUGAACAUUCCUUGUAUAAUACAAGAGUUUUAAAAAUAAAAAGUAGUAUUGAUCAUAUUUUAUAAACUACAACAGUUUCCUUGAAAUAAAUUCAGUUUUAUUCACAUAGUACAAGUUCACAACAACAUAUAUCACGUAGGCAACUCAUACUUUAAGGGAAACACGUUACAGUCUUACCUCAAUGAGAAGCUCAAUGAUCAGACGAUCAUCAAGUGCUAUCCAUGUGCUUUUCUUUGUGUCUGCAUUAAAAACAUAUUUGCAGCAAGUCUUUAAACUCAGCAGCACAGCGAAAUCUUCUACUUUGUUAGUUUAUAGCAACUGUGCAGGACUGAAGCCACAACACAACGAAACCUGACUGAUUUUUUGUUUCAUACAGAAGCCACGUGUCUUGCUAUGCACUAAAGUGCUUCAUUAAAUCUGCAGUAAAAUAAAUAACAAACUGUCUAGAAUAAUAAGAUUAAUUAACAUAAAAUCUUGCUGUAGACCUGAAAUUUUCACUUUUUAUCGUUUGCCUUCAUUAUCAUAAGAAUCUUACCUGUUUUGUAACAUUGUUUAAUUUAAUCCCUAAACACCUCUCACUGAGUAAUGAACAAUUUAAGAAAAUGUUUUAGUUUGAACUUUGUGUCAAAGCAUUUCUUCUAUCCCAGUACUGCUCUGGACUGGAGACUGCUUCAUGUUUCAUGAUCACCACAGGCACUGCUGAAAGAGUGGAAUGAGCAGCUUUAUAUGGCAAUUUUAUCAACCUUACAAAUGCUGAACAUUCUAAACCUUUUCCUGUUGUCACCCGCAUGACAUAUACAUUAUGUCCUGUGGGUGGCACAGUGGUGCAGUGGUUAGCCCUGUCACCUCACAGGAAGAAGAGUUCUGGUUUGAACAUCAGAUCUGAGUUUUCUCUGUGCCUGCACGGAUUUCCUCCAGCAUAUUAUACAUAUAUGCAUUUCAAUAAGGCGAGAUCACUUGUAAGAAUUUGAUUCAUUGAGAAGGAGAAAUUAAUGUAUCUGGUGAUUCGACUCCUAUGACCCAUCAUGGCAUGAAGGAAUCGCAGCAGUGAUAGGAUUUAGGACAUGACCCCCUGAGUCUAGAUGCUGGCGGGGGUGAAGAUGAAGACUGAGGUCUGACUGAUUGAGGCGAUUGUCUGGUGGAGAUGGGAAGGAGGGUGGGUUGCACGAGUGUAAAAAGGAGAAUGUGAUAAUAAAGGACCUAUUCACACA